CCGUGGGGAAAUCAACCUUCCUGAAGCUGUUGAGUGCCACCUUCCCUCGGUGGCACCUGGUGGCAGAGCCUGUGGCCCAGUGGCGCAAGGGACCGAGUGGCAGCACAGCUCAGGCAUCCACAGGCUCCACCAACCUCCUCCAGCUGAUGUACCAGGAGCCAGCUCGGUGGUCCUACACCUUCCAGACCUUCUCCUGCAUCAGCAGGCUGAAGGCAAUGCUGGAGCCGACGGAUGAGCCCGAGACCCCCUGCCCUGUGCAGGUCUUUGAACGCUCUGUCUACAGUGACAGGUACAUCUUUGCCAAGAACCUCUUCGAGGUUGGGCACCUGCAGCCUCUGGAAUGGGCCAUUUACCAGGACUGGCACAAUUUCCUGCUGCAGCACCUGGUGCCACACACUGUCCUCCACGGUUUCCUCUACCUGCGUGCGACGCCGCAGACCUGCCUGGAGCGGCUGCGGCGCAGGGCGAGGAGUGAGGAGGGAGGGAUCCAACUGGAGUACCUGCAGCAGCUCCAUGACCAGCACGAGCACUGGCUGGUGGACAAAACCACAGAGGUCCAUGGUGCAGCCAUGCAGCACAUGCCUGUCCUGGUGCUGGAUGUGGACAAGGACUUCAAGCAGGAUGUGGCCAUGCAGGGUGUGCUCAUGGAGCAGGUGGAGGCGUUUGUGACAGCGCUGAGAGCCGAAGUGUUGCCGUCGCAUCCUGACCCUCUCUGA